UUUUCUGUCUUCUCCCAGUUCGCUGGUCAUGGUCUCUGGCCUAAAGUCCCAGCAUAGAAUGUUCCUCUCCUGUGGAGUCCAACACUCCUUGCCAAACUGGCACGGUGUCUUCCUGGGAAGCAAGAAAUCACUGAAGGGCUGUCAGUUCCUGCCAGGGUGGUUCAAUGCUGUCCUUUUCUCCACUCCUUCCAUGGUCUGCGUUGGAAAAUGCGUGUUAGUUCGAAUUCAGCGAGUUCUCAUUGGGGUGAACAUAGUCCUAAAAAUGCAGUUCAUAAAAAUCAACCACACAGAGAAGAAAAAUAAAUCAGUAAAACAGCUCAGAAAAAUGCAGGUGUGGAGGGCCCUGGCCUCUGCACCCUCAAAGAAGGGGCUCAACAGCAUCAACAGAAGGGGGGGAGCAGAAAGUGCCCUGCAGACACCCAGAAGGGCCGCCAAUGAACAAACUGCCGGCUCCCUGACCUGCCCUGGGGCCCGGGGUAUUGACAUAAAGGGCGGCCUUGCACUAUUUCAACAGCCAGUUCUCUGAGGAUCACAAACACCAAGGAGUGGAGGUCAGGGUGUCGCUUUUUUGUUCUCUUUUUGAAAGAUCAUUUGAGAAGCACGUCACUGAUCUCCCCCGCGACCAUGUCUUCCAUUAAGAUUGAGUGUGUUUUGCCGGAGAACUGCCGGUGCGGUGAGUCUCCAGUAUGGGAGGAAGCAUCCGACUCUUUGCUCUUCGUAGACAUUCCUGCAAAAAAGCUUUGCCGGUGGGAUUCACUCACCAAGCAAGUACAGCGAGUGACCAUGGAUGCCCCAGUCAGCUCUGUGGCCCUUCGCCAGUCGGGAGGCUAUGUUGCCACCAUUGGAACAAAGUUCUGUGCUUUGAACUGGGAAGAACAAUCAGCAGUUGUCUUGGCCACAGUGGAUAACGACAAGAAAAACAAUCGCUUCAAUGAUGGGAAGGUGGAUCCCGCCGGGAGGUACUUUGCUGGCACCAUGGCUGAGGAAACAGCUCCGGCAGUUCUUGAGCGGCACCAGGGAUCCCUGUACUCCCUCUUUCCUGACCACCACGUGAAAAAGUACUUUGACCAGGUGGACAUCUCCAAUGGUUUGGAUUGGUCGCUAGACCACAAAAUCUUCUAUUACAUUGACAGCCUGUCCUACUCCGUGGAUGCCUUUGACUAUGACCUGCAGACAGGACAGAUCUCCAACCGCAGAAGUGUUUACAAGCUCGAAAAAGAAGAACAAAUCCCAGAUGGAAUGUGUAUUGAUGCUGAGGGGAAGCUCUGGGUGGCCUGUUACAACGGAGGAAGAGUGAUUCGUUUAGAUCCUGUGACAGGGAAAAGACUUCAAACUGUGAAGCUGCCUGUUGAUAAAACAACUUCAUGCUGCUUUGGAGGGAAGAAUUACUCUGAAAUGUAUGUGACCUGUGCCCGGGAUGGGAUGGACCCCGAGGGCCUUUUGAGGCAGCCUGAAGCUGGUGGAAUUUUCAAGAUAACUGGUCUGGGGGUCAAAGGAAUUGCUCCCUACUCCUAUGCAGGAUGAGGAUAGGUCUUCUUUCCUGCCAGAGGGAGCUCUGAAGACAACUAGAGAAUUCUGGGGCUGAAAUUUCAAUCUAGUUAGAAAGAAAAAUGAGGCAAUGAUAUUAUUAACAGGGUUAAGUUUUAAUUUACAACUUUUAAAAGGCAGAGCGUUUUUAACAAGGAGUGACAGGUGGCUUUGAUAACACACUUAUAAGGCUUUCUGUAAAAGGUACUAUAGAAGAGCAAAGAAUCAUUCAACUGUCAAUCAGCCUCUUGAUUCUUUGUAAAUUGCCAGGGUGGGUGGGUACAUAUCUCUUCUUGAUUCUGCAUUUCAUACUUAACUAUAUUAAAGCUUCAAGGAACAAUAAAUAAUAAUCUGGUAAUGACC